AUGCUCUACCCGAAGCAGUCGCAGACGCGCUGCGUGCUGGACCUCAACGGCAUCUGGGACCUCGCGCGGGAGCACGAGAAAUGCGGCCAGGAGGACGGCUUCGAGGCGGAGAAGAAGGUCGCCGUGCCGUGCUCCUACAACGACCUCUACGCCGAGGAGGGCUUCCGCAUGUGGUCCGGCGGCGUCUGGUAUUCGCGGACCUUCGUCGUGCCGCGCGCGCUGCGCGGCGAGCGCCUCGUGCUGCGCUUCGGGAGCGUCGCCUACUCCGCGGAGGUCUACGUCAACGGGCUGCGCGCGGGCGCGCACGCCGGCGGCCACACGCCGUUCGAGUUCGACGUGACGCACCUCGUCGGCGGCGGCGACAACCUGCUCUGCGUGCGGGGCGAGAACGCGCUCUCCGCGGAGACCGUGCCCAUGGGCGGCCUCAACAACGCGCCGGAGAACGGCCAAUUCGCGGGGCAGUACCCGGACGUGCCCUUCGACUUCUUCCCCUACGGGGGCAUCCAGCGCAACGUCUGCCUCUACACGACGUCGCCGGACGGCUGGAUCAGCGACAUUCGGGUCGUCACGACGAUCGACGGCGCGACGGGGCGCGUCUCGAUCGAGGGCGCCGUCGACGGCGCCGGCGGCAUCGGCGACACCAUCCACAUCACAGAUUGCAAGUUCUGGGGCGUCGGCGCGCCGAACCUCUACGUCGCGACGAUUGCGCUCGUCGACGGCGCCGGAGCAGUCGUCGACGAGUACGCGCAGCGCUUCGGCGUGCGGACGAUCGCGGUCGCCGGCGACCGGCUGCUGCUCAACGGCGCGCCGGUCUAUCUCCAGGGCUUCGGGCGCCACGAGGACUUCCCGAUCGUGGGCAAGGGCCUCUGCCACGGCGUCAACGUGCGGGACCACGAGCUCCUGAAGUGGAUCAACGCGAACUCGUACCGCACGACGCACUACCCCUACAGCGAGGAGCUCGUCGCCCUCGCCGACGAGCAGGGGAUCCUGCUCAUCGCCGAGGCGCCGGCCGUGUCCAUCAACUUCGACUUCGUGACGCCGAGGACGCUCGAGAACCACCGCGCGGCGCUCCGGGAGCUCAUCGAGCGCGACCGCAACGCGCCGAGCGUCAUCAUGUGGUCCGUGGCCAACGAGGCGACGACGAACCGGCCCGAGGCCCGGCCCUACUUUUCGGAGCUCGCGGCGGACGCGCGGUCGCUCGACGGCACGCGGCCCGUGACCAUGGUGACGUGCAAGGUCGAGGACGACGCCGUCGUCGACCUCUUCGACGUCGUCGGCGUCAACUUCUACCCGGGCUGGUACCACCUGCCGGGCGUCGGCGCGCGCGCGCCCUGGGCCGCGCAGCGCGACAACAUGCGCGACGCGCUCUCCGCGCUGCACGCGAAGUGCGGGAAGCCCAUCUUCGUCUCCGAGUUCGGCGCCGACGCGCUCGCGGGCAUGCACGCGCUCCCCGCGGAGCAGUGGUCCGAGGAGUACCAGGCGGACCUCAUCAUGGAGCUCAUCUCCGUCUUCCGCGAGCUCGACUUCGUCGUCGGCGAGCACGUCUGGAACUUCGCGGACUUCCGCACGGCCCAGAACUUCCCCCGCGUCGGCGGCAACAAGAAGGGCGUCUUCACGCGCGACCGCCAGCCCAAGAUGGCCGCCCACUUCCUCAAGCGCCAGUGGGCGACGCCGCGGUACUAA